AAAACACGAGGUAGUGUUUGUUUCUGAGUUAACCGUAACUGAACGACACGUAGUUUGGGUUUCAUUGAGGUGCGGUUCAAGUGUUUGUGAAAUUGCCUGUGAGAAUAAUCGUAGAUAUUGCAAGACAUGGAUUCAAUUCCGAAGCCAUAUCGAACAUGGAUUACAGGUGCUGCAGUUGUAUUAGGUGGAAUUGCAACGCUGAACAUGGCUUCUACACUUACAUUCAAAGCACUUCACGUCGUGGCUGAGAAUAAACGGAAAAAGAUAGCGUUGCCGUGUAUGGCUUGUAGAGGGAAGGGGUUUUAUAUAUGCAGAUUGUGUAAUGGGAAUUCAACUAUUGCUUGGUCUCCAAUGUAUGAUCCUAUUGCGAUUAACCCAUGUGUUUGUCCUACUUGCGAUGGAAACAGGGUACAACGUUGUCUGAAUUGUCUGGGCAAAGGCUAUGACUAAAUUGUAAAAUCAUAUCUUAUGUUUCUUAACUUAAGACUGUAACUCAAUUGUAAGAACUAUGUUUGGCUAGUCAUCCGUUUAGUGAAUGAAACCUUGAUGCUGAUGUAUGUGCCUCAAAUUUUGCUGAUGAUUAAAGUCACUGAAUUUCUUCAAUAGUUUUAGA